AUGUAUCUUAUCAGGUACCCUGAUUGUAAGGGUGAAGGUUUGAAACAAAGAGCAGGAAGUUAGAUGCCAAGACUGCACUCAUGACUUGAUUCACAAUUUUUUCAGACUUGUUGCACCUAUGGAUAAUGGCCUGGACAGUGCAAACAAGUGUGUCGACAAUUGCUUGAAUCUUUGUAGCAUGGGCUGUAUUCUUAUCUAAUUUGUUUGAGUGCCUUGAUUUCAAGCCAUUACCCGCACUUGUCCAAGCAUUCCUCCCACAAGACUUUCAUUAUGCUGGGUAUGGGGAAACAGUAAUUUUGGGAGAUGCAACUGAAACUUGGAUAACUCAAUCAGAGAACUACGACAUUAAUAAUAUCACUUUCAGCUCAUAAAAAGACCACUGGUAAAAUAUCAGUUUCGAAUUAUCCCCAUAGUGCUUUUCUCCAUGGCAGUGACACUUUUUCCAAUACCAUAUCUGAUAAGGACAUAACUGACCAAUGCCAAGUGCUAAACAAGAUAAACAAGGGUAAAAGUUGUUCUUACUGAUAAAGGAUUUGAUAUUGCAGCCUUGUGUCUAAAAAAAGAGGAUUCUUCACAAGUGCCCACCUUUAAAAUGUGAUUGCCAGUAUGAACAGGCUUGAUGUUGCACCGCGAAGAAUCUACAAUUAAAAUUUCAAAGGAUGAAUAAGAGACUGGACCAUUUUGAAUGCUUCUUGGCCUAUAAAUCGAAUUGAUUUGCUUGGUUAUUGCUUCAAAAUCUUUGUACACAUUGUGAAUAUUUUGAAAACUCCAGUUGGCUCAAAAGAAAGUGGAGUGAGCAAACAAAUACGAGAUUAA